AUGUGCACAGGCUGGUGUGAGGAGAGAUGUACCAGCGUCAGUGGAAGAAGACGGAGAGGUGAAGGAGUGGACCUUCAUUCAUGGCUGUGGGUCUCGCUCUUGUUCUCAGCUCUGUGGGGCCAAGCGUCCCCCCAGUGCCCGGACAGCUGCGUCUGCACCUGGGACACGGCCACGGUGCGGUGCUCAGACGCAGGGCUGCGGGAGAUCCCAGAGGGGAUCCCACCGGAAACUGUCUCCCUCCACCUGGAUCGCAACUACAUCCGAAACAUCCCAGAGAGUGCCUUCAGAGACCUGGUCCACCUGCGGGACCUGUACCUGUCCCACAACCGCAUCGACUCAUUGGCCUCGGGGGCCCUGCGGCACCUGGGCCCGGAGCUGCGCCUGCUGGACCUCUCACACAACCAGCUGAGGCAGGCCAGCAGGGAGGAGUUUGGCUCUACUCGUGCAAAGACCCGCCUCUACCACAACCCAUGGCACUGUGACUGCGCCCUUCAGGAGUUGAUGGAGGCUCUGAACCUGGAGCCGGAGACGGUGAAUGGGAUCGUGUGUGAGAGCUCUGUGAGGGGGGUGGGCGAGGGUAGCAGGUGGGAGGAUCCGGGGGCGCAGGGCGAGCAUGCGGGUCAGCCGCUGGUCAAACUGUUGGAUUCUGGGGUGAAUUUCUGCAGCCUGCAGAGAAAAACCACUGAUAUAGCAAUGCUGGUGACAAUGUUUGUAUGGUUCUUCAUGGUCAUAGUGUAUGUCGUGUACUAUGUGAGGCAGAACCAAGCCGAGGCCCGCAGGCAUUUGGAGUACCUGAAGAGUUUGCCCAGCCCACACAAGACCCCCACAGAGACAGAUACUCUGAGCACUGGUUUCUGA